CAUUGAAUGAGAUUUCGUUCACCAUGAACACUGGAGAACACUUUAUUGUUGUAGGUCCUGUUGGAUCAGGAAAGACGUCUUUGUUAAUGUCGAUAUUGGGAGAGAUUCCAAUUACUUUCGGUAAAGUGUCGGUGAAAGGAAAGAUCGCUUACGCUUCUCAAGAACCUUGGGUAUUUAACGCAACAAUCAAAGAAAAUAUCUUGUUCGAAGAAAAAUAUCAAGAAGAGAAAUAUAAAAAAAUUUUGCAUAUAACGGCCCUAGAAAAGGAUAUAAGCUUAUUUCCUAAAGGAGAUCUGACUGUUGUAGGAGAAAGAGGAGUGAUAAUGAGCGGUGGGCAAAAGGCAAGAAUUAAUUUAGCAAGAGCACUGUAUAUAGACGCCGAUAUCUUCCUCCUUGACGAUCCAUUAAGUGCUGUUGACGUUCCAGUGGCAAAACAUAUAUUCGAAAAAUGUAUAACGGAAUAUUUGAAAGACAAGAUUUGCGUUCUCGUUACACAUCAAAUACAAUUUUUAAACUCUUCGAGUAAAAUUUUAGUGUUAAACAAGAGAAGGUGUGAAUUAAUUGGGAAUUACAACGAACUGAAAAAUUUAGAAAUGCUUACAGGAAUAUCAAAUCAGGAAAUUGCUGAAAAUAGCAUUGACUUAGAGACUGCACUUUUCAAUAAGAAUGAAAUACUUGAUAAUACUCAAUUUACUAUCUUUGAUACGAACAACGGUGAUGAGGAUGCUGAUAAUAAGCAAACUCCACGUGAUGAUGAAGAACACAAAGAAGUCAAAAUUUCAGUUUAUAAAUCAUACGUCAAUGCAGGAGCGGGUGUUCUCUUCAAGAUUAUUUUAUUAAUAAUGCUAGUUGUAUCUCAAUCCAUUAUAAGUGCCAGUGACUAUUGGAUCAUCAAAUGGCUACAAGAUAUAAAAAUUUAUAGCCAAAGUAAAAAGGAAAUAGAAGGUAUUACAUCUAACACAACAGUCUCUAACCAUAUUGAAGGCAGAAAUUUUCAACAGACUGCAUCUACCAAACUUCAUAACAAAAUGUUCCGUUGUAUUAUUCGAACUCCAAUAUCAUUUUUGGACAAUAAUCCUGUUGGAAAAGUGUUAAAUCGAUUUUCUAAAGAUGUUAAUAACAUCGAUGAUACUUUACCUUUCGCUUCUCACAUGUCAAUAAGA